AUGCCUACUAUUCCCAUGGGAGCCCCUGCCCUGCUGUGGAUAGCUCUGCUGCUUUUCUCUCCAGAUGGCAUGUCAGCAGCCAACUGGAAAUCUAAGGUGUCCUUGAAUCCACCAUGGAGAAAAAUAUUUAGAGGAGAAACUGUGACUCUUACAUGUGGUGCGAACAGUUCCUCUGAAGAUGAGUCCUCUGUGUGGAUCCACAAUGGAACCACUUUGAAAGAGACAAAUUCAAGAUGGGACAUUGUGAAAGCACGCAUGCAGGACAGUGGGGAAUACCAAUGCCGAAUCAAAGGAUUUGCCAUUAGUGAACCUGUGUACCUAAACGUCAUCAGUGACUGGUUGAUCCUUCAGGCCUCUGCUGAGGUGAUGAUGGAGGGUGAGUCCCUCUUCCUCAGGUGCCACAGUUGGAAGAAUCUGAAUGCCUUCAAGGUGAUCUACUACAAGGAUGACAGAGCUCUCAAGUACUGGUAUGAGAACCACAACAUCUCCAUCACUAAUGUCACAGAAGGGGACAGUGGCAUCUAUUACUGUGUGGGCAGAAUUCAGAGGCUCAACUACACCUCUAAUAAACUCAAGAUUAUAGUAAAAAAACAGUACACUCAAAGCAAGUAUUUCUGGCUACAAUUUCUUAUCCCAUUGUUGGUGGUGAUUCUGUUUGCUGUGGACACAGGGUUGCUUAUCUCGACCCAGAAGCAGUUCACGUUACUCUUGAAGAUGAAGAGAAUCAGAAAACGCAACAGAUUUACGGACCCACAGCCUAAACCAGAUCCCCCAGGGAACUGA